AGCGUGAUAGGGGGCAGGACCCUCGAGCAGGGAUCGUGGAUGUAUGUCCAUGCUACAGCGGAGGUUGACGGGAAGAAGACGCACGGAGGCUACUUGAUGGAUUGGGAGUUAUUUCCGCUUUACUCGUUUUUUUACACCGACGAAGGGAAGGUGGUAAUGGAAAGACUUUGGGAGGAAACGCUGACGGAGUUGGAGUUUGCUGGUGUACGGGGUAUUUUGGCAUCAACGGGGUGCAAGACAUGAAAACCGCUUUGGUUGCUUUGCGCUGUUGUGACUGUACUUUCCUGUUUACCAAGUUUUUUUUCCAUGUUCUUCUUUACUGCAUGUAGAUAUCCUCAUAGAUAGUGUUCACAUACCUGCUUACAUAGAUCUAGACUUU